AUGAAUGCCGACAAGACGGGUAUCAAAACGUUCGACCCGACGGGGGAGGAAUCGGAAACAGCACAGAAAUGCGACCGAUGGUUACGAUCGUAUGAUAUCUGCACUAACCGCAAUUUUUCAGCCAAAAAAGAACUAUACGCGCAGAGUGCCAACUGCAACUUCAGAAACAACGCAGACGACAUGAUCAUCGACCAACUAAUCGAGAAAUGCACUUCAAAUGACCUGCGAAGGCAACUGCUAAAGGAAGGCGACAGUUUAACAGUAGAUCGAGCCAAGGAGCUGGGAAGAAUCUUCGAAGCCUCCGAGAAGCAAGCCGGGCGAAUGGAAGCCGGAAGUCAAGACAUCCGAAGAGUAGAUAAGAAAGUGAACACGAAGCGUCCACCCAAAGCGUCCAAAUGUUACAGAUGCGACGGGGAAGGUCACAGAGCGAGUGAUGAGAAGUGUCCUGCAAGGAAUAAAACAUGCAACAAAUGUGGGCUGAUAGGACAUCUGGGGAAAUGCUGCAGAACAAAGAAGAAAACGACUGAACAAGGGAAAAGAAUCCGAAACGUCGAAACUGGAGAUCCGGAAGACAGCGAGUAUGCUUUCCAAGUACAAGACGAAGACAGCGACCUAGACAGUAUUCAAGUUUUAGUCGGAGGGGUCAAGGCAAGAUUUCUUAUCGAUUCAGGUGCAACAUGCAACGUAAUAGACAAGAAGAGUUGGGAAAACCUGAAAGCAAGUAACAUAAAAAGCACCUGUGGGGAGCCGGACACGAAGAAAUUAUACUCGAAGCUAGACUCGAUCAAGUUCUACGUCGUUGAUGUCAAGGCUACACCAAUAAUCGGAAAGAGCACUGCUAGGACGUCGGGCAUCCUGCGAACAGGAUUCCCGCUACGAAACGUCAGCAGCAUAGAGGUCCCUUCCAUCGAAUCGCUAAGCAAAAAAUUUCCUAACGCUAUGGGCGACGGAAUCGGGAAACUCCAUGAUUACUCCUUGAAAAUCGCUAUUGAUGAAAAAAUUCCACCGUUGGCACAGACUGACAGAAGAAUACCGUUCCAGCUACGACCUUUGGUAAAGGAAAAGCUGAGGGAGCUAAUAGAAAGCGAUAUAAUUGAGAAGGUCAACGAACCGCCGCGAUGGGUAUCACCAGUAGUUUGUACAACAAAGAAAAACGAAGAACUACGCAUGUGUGUCGACAUGAGGGCAGCAAACGAAGCCAUAAUCCGAGAACGUCAUCCAAUUCCAACGAUCCACGAUUUGAUUCUGAGCGUAAAUGGAAGCAAAUGGUUUUCAGAAAUUGACUUAAAAUCAGCUUUUCAUCAAAUCGAAUUAGAAGAGAGUAGCAGAGAAAUCACAACAUUCGCUACAUGCGAUGGGCUUUACCGAUUCAAGAGACUAUUUUUUGGCAUAAACUGUGCACCCGAGAUAUUCCAACGCAUCAUGGAACAACUACACCUACACGGUGUAGAAAUAUAUGUAGAUGACUUCUUGAUCCAUGGGAAAACCCUAGAAGAACAUAAUAGAAAUUUACUCGAACUACUCAAACGACUUGAGAAUUCUGGCAUAACAGUGAACAAGGACAAGUGCAAGAUAGCACAGAAGAAAUUAGAAUUUAUGGGCCAUGAGAUCAGCGAAGAAGGUGUACGACCGCUAAGAAGCCGAAUCGAAACAAUCAAAAACUUUCGGGCUCUGUUGAUAUUAGAGAAAACUACCCUUUUUGCUAACUGUAUUACCGACAUAAGCUUGCGCAUGUGCGCACUUGACAAACUAGUACUUUUUAUUCACCUAUAA